CACACACACAGACACAAACACAUACACACACCCCAGUCCUGCCCGGGUAGGAGCUGAGGCGCGUCCGUUACUUGGCUGAAGACAGACAUGGUUCCGGCCGGCAGCCACCAUCGGCCGCAGGGGCCUCCCCUGAUCUACGUGACCCGCUUCGCCUCGCACCGCGGUGGCGUGUGGCAGUUGAGGGGCCCCCGAGGUCUCCGCCAUCAAGGCCCAGGGCUCGGGGCCUGCUCCGUCGUGGAGCGAGCGGCCGUGGAGAGUGGGCCCCCAGGACGAGAGCUGCCCACCGGCGCCCAGGCCCGGGUCGCCACCAUCCCCGACUCCACCUCUUUCCAGCUGCGGAGGUCGAGAACGCCGACAGCGCCCAGGGACCUGGAGCAAGCGGCGCGAGCAGGUUUAAAGCAGAAAACUGCAGCUGAAGAGUUUGAUUUCCCCAUACCACUGGAUGAGUCCUCCAAAACAAUGAAGGAAAUGAAAAAGGUCUUAGCGUGGAAAAAAGUUAGCAAAGUCAUUUCCAGAAUGAUUGCAGAAAAUGAAAACUACAGACACAGACUGAAGUGCCAAAAUUUAUCUAGUGAAAUUGGAGUUAGUACAAGAUGAAUGUGAAUCUUCCUGUCUUCUCUGAUUUUUAUUUCUUUAAAAGAAAAAUUAUAUGAGAAGUCAAGAACCUGCAUAAGGAAAAGUGACUAUCCCCCAACCAUGCUGGCAUGACUUUGUAUUGCUAACCUCCAAAACCACAAGAAACACAUCUGUGCAACUUGUUAGGACUUAGGCUGUGGUCCUGACAUCCUGAAUGGCCUGAGGGAGCGUCUACUUCACACCUGCUCCUUGUUCAGCCUUGCACCAUCUAAUAAAUUGUGCCACCCCCACCAGGAUUCAAGCAGAUCCUGGUACCUCCUUUCUCACUUCUUUUCUAAACACUACCUGAUAACUCUUCCUUUCAUAUCUCCCUCUAAUCAAUUCCCUCUCUCCAUCAUCAUGAUUCCACUUUAGUCCAAUUCCUCUCCCUACCUAACAAGUCUCUUCACAACCAUGUUGUCUUGCUGCAUUGAAUACAUUAAAACUCAUGUUGGAAAUGCAUGGCAAUGUAACGAUAUUGGGUUGGUAGGACCUUUUAAGAGGUAUUUGGAUCAUGGGGUACCACUAUGAAUAGAUCAGUGUAGUUGCGAUGAGCAUGAGCAGUUUUUCC